AUGCGGCGGUUCGUUCCAGUUCACAGCAGUCCACAUUCAUUUCCAGCCAUCUUCCAGCGGAGGGGUUCUUCGGUGGAAGAUCCGUUCACCAUCUUCGUUGUCGCAGCUAGCAGCAUUCCAGCAGAUUGUGCGCUGUCCACCGGUUUUGGUGGUUCCGAGCCUGGUCUUCGUGUGACGACGAAGAUAGUUGUUGGUAAUCGGAAGUGGAUAUGUGAAUUGUGGUUUAGAAUCAAUAAUUCCGAGCUAACAAAGGAAGUGACGGAUUUGUUCAUCUGGUGUUUGACUCAGAAUGCUGAGUGCUAUAAACAGUGGGAAAAACUCUAUGUAGAGAAUGUUGGUGCGACAAUUAUUGUUCUUCGGAAACUCUCCACUGAGUGGCGAAAUUACUCGGCCAAAAUUUCCCCCGACACUCUCAAAGUAACACUUAAGCAUUUGAGGGCUAAAAAUGAAGAUGCCCUGUCAAGGAACACAGACCUCAGCCAAGUAGCAUCCAUCAAAGAAGCUGACAAGUACUACAAGACAAUUUUGAUGAAGUUAACACGUAAUUUUGGCUGCAUGAAGGGUAGUGCUUUGGUGCUUGUGCUGGGAAUUGGUCUCUUUUUCACUCUUUCACCGAAUGCCGAGUUAAUUAACUGGGAGAACAUCAAUUGGGAGAAAUUUCAAGUGUUGUUCAGUUCUCUCCAAUCCUCUUAGAACAACUUGGAGUUU